AUGUCGCACCCCUACUCCGCUCGCGCCUACCGCGUCCGCCUUCAACACGGCAACUUCUCAUCUCUGCGAGAGCUGACACGCGCGCCCUACGCCCCCAGUCCUCUUAACGUGCUCGUCGAUCUGCUUCGCCUCUCCGUUGUGCCGCCUGCCAAUGCAGAAGGCUCAGCGUCAUCUUCGAAGGCAGGCGUUCACCACGCCUUGGAGCGUGCGUUGGAUGUGCAGUGGGUGUUGCAUGCGACCAUGGCAGAGGCACGAGACACCGUUUUGGCGGCCGAGACCGUCGGCGAUGCCGCGAGCCACGCCGCCUUGCAGGAACUGUGGAGCCAAGUGGAUUUCUUCUCGAAUGCCAUUGAAGACGGUGUGCGCGGGGCGCCGGGUGAUGCACCGGGUCUUGCGGCAGACACCGACACCACCUUUGCCUUCCCUCUCCUUGAUGGCGACGAACCGCCCCAGCAAGGUGCGCAUGGCAAGUAUGGGAGUGAAGCCAAUUCUCCCUCAACGGCUGAAGGAGAAGCAGCGGACACGACGCCGACGAGGUGGGUGUUGCCCACCGCGACAUACGCCAUCCUGCUCCGUGGUGUUCUGCAGCUUGCCGCGAUCACCGGGGCCCAUCUGCACGCCUUCAGCGCUUUGAAUGAGCUGAUCGCGUUGCACGAACGUCGACAACGCAGCCUGUCAAUUCAUCCUGCGGAGGCAGAAGGGGAAGUGGACGACAGCUUUAGCAUGGACGACGCUCUCGCGCUGGUGGACGCGGCGGCGCAGCGCCACGUCGACCCCCUCACCGCACAAGACCACCUCUAUGCGAUGGAAGCCUGCGCCCACGAGCGCCACCGAGACUUCCGCACCACCCUCAGUCUCUACCGCCGCUUCGUGCAGCACGUGACGGCGGGGUGGUUUGCCGCAACACCGGCGGACUUCACGGCGGCCCUCGUCGCUGUCGCGCACAGCAGCCGCACAACGACGGAGUUUACGGAGCUGCGUGCACUGUUGGUGGAGAGUGAGGCCGCCGCCGCGGUGCCGGUCAGCGUGCCCCUCUACACGGCUCUCAUUGACGCUGCCAGCCGUGCCGCGGAGGAGCCACAGCGCAUGUCUAUCGCCCUUUCCCUCUACCGCCGGCUGCGGGAUGGGGCUCUCACCCCCACUUCUGACACGUACGCUGCCCUCAUCGCGUGCUGCGCCUCCACCCGAGCGCCGACCCAGGCCUUCGCCUUCUACCACGAGGCGCGGCAGGUGUGCGGCGUGGCGAACUUCACGCCGCGCGUGUACACGAACCUGUUGUUGUCCUACUCCACCGCCGGUUACGGCGCAGACGCGCGCAAGACGCUGGACGUGCUCGUGGAGGCCGGCGCCCCGCUAUCGCGUGCCAGCUUCCACGCCGUGCUCGCCAGCGCCGUGACGGUGCGUGAGGCGCAAGAGAUAAUGGAGCUCAUGACGCAGCGCUACGACAUCACGCCCACGCCGCACACCUACGCCUAUGUGAUGCAGGCGGUGGCGAAGGCCCCGGCAGGGUCGCGCACCGCGUUGCAGCUUUUUGACGUGCACGAGGACGCGCUGCGGGCCCUGGCGCGUCUCUCCGCCUCCGUGGAUAGAGAGGGCGGCGGCCAUAGCAGUUUUGAAGGGAUAGGCGAAGCGUUCGCCCUGAGCACCUCCGCGGACGGCGUGGCAUUGGAGCCGACGCUGCUCGCGCAGUACCCUUUGUACGUGCGCGCGCUCGAGCACGCCCUGCUGCGCCUGCGCGUCGACCCGACGCAGGACCCGCGGCUGAAGGCGUACCUCACCCCUCUUGUCCGCGUGGCCCAGCAGCGCAUGAACGCCUUCACCGGCAUGCCACCGCAAGCCCCCAUCCGCGUGCCGGAGAAGGAGCGGCUCUGCAUUGCUGUUCUCGCUGCCGAUGUGCUCGCCAACGUGGAUGAAUGGGUCAUGCCGUUUAUGUCGCACUACUCCGUGCUCGUCAUCCCCUACUCGGCGGUGCUGGCGCUGCAGAAAGGCGGGGGGCGUCGUGUGGAGGGCGCGAUGGCGAAGGGGCCUUCCGCGGGUCUGUUCGACCCGGUGUGGCGGGAGACCCCCGGCGGGGGGGAGCACGACGCCCUCGUCGAGCACCGCAGACGUCGUCUCCUGCGCUUUCUCGCAGAUCACCGCGACGUGGUGCACUUGGUGUCCCUGGAGGAGGAACUCGCGUGGAGUCGUGAAACGCGGCGGUACGGAGUUGGCAUUACCGACCUGUUUGCCCGCGCCGCUGCUGUGGCUCUUCACCUCGCCCGUCUGCCAGAAGAAGAUGGCACAUCGAUGACGUCACCCGACACGAGUAGCGUGUACGCGCGCCAUCCCGCCGCAUCGAUUGUGCUGGUGUCCGCCAACUACGAAAAGUGUGGAAAGUACGUGGUGGCGUUGAAGCAAGCGAAGGGCGGCGACGGCUCUACGGCUGGGCUGCAAGCUGCGCUGCGGCGUGUGUCCUACCACAACCCGCGUACGAAUCCAAACUGGGUGCCGCCGAGCCUCUCCAUCACACAUCAACAGCAGCAACGGCAAAAGGCACGCGGCGACGUAACGAAGAAGCAAGCAGAGGCGCCAACGACAGCGGACGUCGCGAAGGAUGUAGCCGCUGAAGCGGUGGCCGUGCGCGCGGAUGCUGCGGCGGAACUGUACCAGAGUCUUCUCGAUCCCGUAAAGUCCACCCACCAUCCGAUGAUGGGCACUGACGCUGGUGUGAGCAUCGAGGACGGCACCUCCGGUGACGAACACACAAGAUCGCACGAUACGGCGCUUUCCGCUUCGUCACGAGGCAGCGCGGCGAAACGGAGAGGAGCGGAAGAGGAAGGGGCGAUGGAUGCCGCGCUUCUCAUGUCUCUCCUGAACGACUAA